GUCCCCCGGCAGCCCAUGUGGCAGUGGACUUUGGCAGUGACACCCGGCUGCGGAAGGGCCCCAGGGGCCUCUGAACAGGUCACUAAAGCCAUUUGGGACUUGACUCAACAGGAAAGUGGAGAGGUUGUGAUGGACCCCUGGGCCCCUGCCUGGCCACCCCAGCCCUGGGAGAGGCAGGCAGCCUGGAGAGGAAGGGGAGACGCAUACCACGGCCCCCCACCACAGCACAGGCAGCCGCUCUUCCGCACAAGAUGCCCCCCUCGCCCCGGCUCCUGGGACGGGGGCCACCUCCCAGGCCACCUCCCCUGGAGGGACACACACAGACCGGCUUCCCGGGCCGAGUACUCGGAAAGCAGCCGCCCCAACAGACCGUAUUCCAGGCAAGGGUUUGAAGACCCCUAUCAGCAGUAUCCAGCAGCCAGCCAUGGGGACAGCUAUGCCCACCAAAGCCACCAGUGGCAGCCGCUGGCCUGGCAGGAUGACAGAGACCUGAGACAGAGAGAGCCUUACAACAAGAGUACCAAUUACCAGGGCCAGCAUUACUACAGGGGUUACCACCCCAACCUGGUUGCAACCCCCCCAGGCCAGGACAGGACACAGACCUACGACUCCUACAAGGAGAGAUACAUCUCAGCCGCCCAGCAGGAGCGAGCAGGGGGAGAAACCCUUGGUAGUGAUGUGGAGGAGCCUGGCAGCCGAGAGCCCUCGGGCCAGCCCAACCUGCUCCUGCAGUACCGUGAGUCAGGGCUCAGCUCCAGCAGCUAUGAGCUCAGCCAGUACAUCCGCGAUGGUGCUGACCACUAUGACCCCACCGUUUCAGGGACCUGGAGCCUAGCACAAGCAGGGAGGCCUUCAGUGUCCACUCCAACCUUGGAGGUACCCCACAAGUUCCUGCUGCCACACGUGGUGGUGUGCUUUGGAGCUGGAGGCCAGCUGGUGCUGGUGUGUCCCCACCAACCUGCCAAGGGGCAACUAGCCCAUGUUGAGCUACACAGUCUGGAGGUAAUCCUUCAGGAUACAAAAGAGAUGGAGGAGCUACAGGCCUUCCCGGGGCCGCUGGCCAGGGAAGAUUUGCACAAGCUGGAUGUGAUUACAUUUUGCCAGCAGAAGAUAACCACGAGCUGUGAUCUCUCAACACAGAGAGGCAGAGAUUCAGCUCUUCUCUGGAAAUUCCUGGUCCUCCUGUGCCAGCAGAAUGGGUCCAUGGCGGGCUCGGACACGGCUGAACUGCUGAUGCGAGACUGCAGGCGCCUGGAGAAGUACAAGAGGCAAAACCCCGCAGCGAACCUGAUCGGCCUGAGAGAUGACGAGUGGAUGUCACGUCAGUCGGGGGCACUAGACCUCAUCACGGGGGAGGUCCCUCCUGUCGUGGAGACACAGGCACAGAUAGUGGAGAAAUUCACCAAACUCCUCUACUAUGGCAGGAAGAAGGAUGCUCUGGUCUGGGCCAUGAGAAACCAUCUGUGGGGCCAUGCUCUCUUCCUCUCCAGCAAGAUGGACCCUCGGACCUACAGCUGGGUGCUCACUGGGUUCACCAGCACAUUGGUCACCAACGACCCUCUGCAGACCCUCUUCCAGCUCAUGUCAGGAAGGAUCCCCCAGGCAGCACUGUGCUGCGGAGAUGCCACAUGGGGAGACUGGAGGCCCCACCUGGCUGUGAUGUUGUCCAACAAGGUUGGAGACAUGGAGCUGAACCACCGAGCCAUUGUCACCAUGGGAGACACUUUGGCUGGCAGAGGAGCAAUUGAAGCAGCUCAUUUCUGUUACCUGGUGGCAGAUAUUCCUUUUGGUUACUUUGGGGCGAAGGCAGCCCGCAUGGCUCUGCUGGGCAGCAGCCACCGUCAGACCUUCGCCCAGUUUGCCAGGACGGAGGCCAUCCAGAGGAUGGAAGUAUUUGAGUACUGCCAGCAGCUACGACAGCCUGAAUCCUUCCUGCUCCCUUUCCAGGUGUACAAGCUCCUCUACGCCUCUCGCCUGGCUGACCAUGGGCUCCCAGCCCAGGCCCUGCAAUACUGCGAGCAGAUCGCCACCGCGCUCCUGGGACAGGAUCCGACCAGCCACCCUGUCCUGGCACAGCAGGUGAUGAAGCUCGGCGAGCGGCUGAAGCUCAGUGACCCACUGCUCCUGGAGAUGCCAGAACAGGACCAGAUGCUGGAGCCCGACUGGCUGGUCCAGCUGCGAGCCUGCUGCCGGGAGUGGGAGGUGGAAGAUGACCUCCCUCUGGAGGUGGCACCGGCUCAGCCAGAGCUCUCCUGGGCUGCUGCAUUGAUGGCAGAUGGAGAGCCUGGCUAUGAGCUACCACAGAGUGAAAGCUACCAGUAUGACCAGUGGAACCAGUCUGUGCCACCCCAGGGACCCAGCUCCCACGAGGACAUGUCUCUCCAGCCCCCGGCACCUGUUCAGGUCACAGCAUUGUCAGUGCUCAGUGUUGGGCAAGAGCUGCAGCCCCCUGCAUUUGGCCCAGGGACCAUCACCCCUCCUGGAGAGAUUUUUGCUGAGCCUCCUCCACAGAUGGUGCCACAAGCAGGAGACGUUGGGGAGACCCAGGGUGCCCUCCUGGCCCCCAGCGGGGUGCAGCCAUCCCUCCCAGCUGAGCAGGAGGAGGUAAAGGCAAGGACUCGGACCAUCUCGGAGUGCUCCUCCAUCUCUUUGGAAGAUGACAGCCGACCUUCCUCGGAGAGCGUGGCUGAGGACACUGCUGAGGAGCUGGCACCAGCGGAGGAGGUGAAGCCAGGUGAGGACAAGGGCUCUGGAUUCAGGUGGUUUGGCUGGUUUCGAUCAAAACCCAACAAGGAAACAUCUUCCAAAGCCGCGUCUGAAACAGACCCAGACUCCCCCACUCUGGGACAACAGGAUCAGAUGUCACCAACCCCCCUUGAUGCUCCUCUCAUGGCUUGGACAAGCCCUUCAGCUCAGCCUCCAUCCAGCAACCCUGGAGGAAUGCGAAGUGAAAAUACCUUUGCUGAUACUCCAUUGUCUGUUGAGACCAGCUCCAACAACCCCUCCCCACCAGUGGGGGCAGUUCCCCUCUUCAACCCUCUCCAAGUCUCUCAGCUCACUGCUGCCGCUCGACCCAACCAACCCAGGCUGCUGUCCCAGCGGCGCUACCCCAACCUGCUGUGAGCGGAGAGCCGGCGGGGGAGAGGGGGGUGGGUGGCAGAGCAUCUCCCUUAUGAGGAAAGGCUGAAGGAGCUGGGGCUCUUUAGUUUAGAAAAGAGGAGACUGAGGGGUGACCUCAUUAAUGUUUAUAAAUAUAAACAUGAGUGUCAGAAGGAUGGAGCCAGGCUCUUCUCGGUGACAACCAAUGAUAAGACAAGGGGCAAUGGGUAGAAAUUGGAACACAGGAGGUUCAAUUUAAUUUUCACAAGAAACGUCUUCACGGUGAGGGUGAUGGAGCACUGGAACAGGCUCCCCGGGGAGGUCGUGGAGUCUCCUCUGCAGACAUUCCAAAUCUGUCUGGACGCCUUCCUGUGUAAGCUCAUCUGGGUGUUCCUGCUCUGGCGGGGGGACUGGACUGGGUGAUCUUUUAAGGUCCCCUCCAAUCCCUGACAUUCUGUGAUUCCGUGAAAUUAACAGUGGUGGAAAUGUUUUUAACAAAAAAUGGUGUGUGUUUGACUGUUUUUGAAGGGGGGGCACAAAUUUCAUGGGACUUAAUGUUAAUUUCAGGGGAUUAAUGUUAUAAAUAUAAGGGGAGUGGGAGCAUGGGAAAAAGGUGUCCGGGGGAGAGUAGUCUGAAUUGGGUUGUAGGGCAGUGCCCCACCUCACCCAUUGGACUCAGCGAUCGCCGGCCGUGAGUCUGUCUCAAAGCACCGCGGGGCCACGAGCAUCCGCCGGGGUUACGCGAGGGCGAGUGACCGACCCUCGGCGCCACCUGCUCGGCUUCUCCUGCCCAGGCCGGCCCGGAGCGCGGCGCCCCCCCUUGCUGGUGGCUCACCCGCCCCUCGCGGGCGGGGCUCUGCUGGAGCCGCGGGCGGCCCUUCCCUCAGACCUUCCCCGAGGCGGGGCGUGGGUGACGCGCACCCCGUGGUGGCCUCGGCGGUGAGCUUCCCCCGGACGUUCACUUUUUUUGUCUUCAGGGCUAUAUAUAUGUUCUUAUCUCUAUGUACUUCUAGCUCACGGUGACCGGCCGGUGUUACCCAGCGUGCACUGCGCCGCAUGCUAAUUUAGAUCCGCCCCUUCGUUCUCUCAGGCCACCCUGUGUGGAAGGGCUGAGAGCCUCCAGGUUUGGCUCAUUGGGCUGCACAGGUGGAAGUGACUGGCCGAGGCCUGGAAUGCCAUGUGGGAGACAACUGGAUUUGGCUUCAACUUGCCUGGUGCUGAGCACUCACUGAGUGGCCUGAACCUCCUUCAGAGCUGGAGAAGAAGCUCCCAGGGUACCAGAUCCAUCAUGCAGCCCCAUCCUGUGUCUAGGAUGGGGUUGGUUAGAUGGGAGCCGCUUUCAGCCCCAGGGAAAGCGAGUGUGUCAUUGGAAGGAAAGCUGGGCUAGUGACUGGAGUGGGUCACAGUUAUAGAAGUGGUACCAAGAAGCCCCUGCUCAGGCUACGGACCUGUUGUGCCAAAUGCUGUUGGCGCUCGUGGGAAGAACAGGAGCUGGCCCUGGAGGAUGGAUUUGACCACGCAAGGAGAUCCCAGGAGAGCUGGUUCCAGAAUUGCUGGGGAGCCCGUGUUGGGGAGACAGGCGUGCAGGCAGGUUGCAUGGCUGCAUAAACCUCUUUUCCUGAGGAAGCCGGGGCAGAAGUGAGAACUGAAAGCUUUAACUCUGGAGUACAGCUUGAUGGGAAAGAGAGCCAAGACCAGAGUCAACCCUAAAUGCCUCUCGCAGUGAGGAAGACCCAACACCAUGACUGGAGAAAGGGGUAGAAAGAUGAUUUUGGAGCCACGUAUUUUCCGCUUUUCAGCAUGAGAAUAAAAGCUGUGACAAAGCCUGGCGUAGCCCAGGAGCUGAUCCCCACCUCCCUUGUCCCAGCCUUCGUGCCCUCCAUCAGAAAACUGAGAACCCAUCCCAGGACUUUCAUAACUUUAUUUUCCCUGAAGAGUAUGAGGCACCAGGAUGAUGAGAUGCAGCCAUGGGGUGGUAGGAAGCCCCAGUGAGGUGUUCCUGUUGGGCUGGAGGAAGUGUUAGCACUGUUGUCAGCUGGUAUGGUGAGACCACAGCAGGAAUAAUGAGAAUGCUCUGACCACUCUUUCUGAAGACCAGUGAAGUCAAGUGGGAGCAAGUAUAAAGAGGCCCACAAGAGAAAUUCAGAGAAAUCCUAUAACGCUUGAGUCCGGCUUCACAAAAACAAGGCUGAGGUGAUGUGCUGAGUGUAUAUCGGAGCAGAAAUAGCCAGGAGCGAGAACAACUAUUUAGACCUGUCAGGAAGCUUCAUACACUUUGGGUCAGACGCUCUUUCCCUGAAGAAGAAAAGGAUAUUUAUAGCCGGAACCACGGUGAGAGAGGGGAUUCAGCCCAGGGUUUUUGAAGCUGCAUCUUCAGCUGGAAGAAUCCCUUCUGUCAGAGGGGCAGCCUGGGAAAGUCGCUUGGAGGUAACUGGGAGAGUUGGACUCAGUUUUUGGCCUCGGAGAACAGAAAUCCUGACGCUGUGUUCGCAUUCCCAUGGCUGGGGGUGAUCUCCGGUCUGUCUCAGCAGCCUGGAGCCUAGCUUCCUCCCACCAUCUGAGCCUGUGUGUACUGAAUGAGGAAGCACAGGACAGGUGACGGAGUAAGGGCCGUGAUGCUGCUGGGCUACGUCAUGUUCCUGACCAGAAACAGCUGGGCUUGGAGAGGUGGAGGACACCGCAAGCACAUGAGGCCAAGACACGAGAGCUGAGAAUUUGCAGCCUUCGGAGCCAUCUAGGCGACAGCGCUGUCUUCACCUUGUGAUCUCCUGAGCUGAAUGAAUAUGUCAGGAUCAGUCCUUCCAAACCCAGCCCCAGUUCGAACGCAGCCCUCCAGUACGUCUGGGUACAGUUAGAUCCUUCCUACCUCAGCCUCCCCAUCCGUAUAACAGGUAUGACAAUCAUCCUUUCCCCCGGGUAAACAUUUCGUUAUGCGAUGCUGCUGAAGCACCUCGGAGGGGAGAAGACCUACAGAUAAGUCUGCAUUCUCAUUUUGGCUACAUUUGUGUGCGUGUUUUCUGCUUUAACUGCCGUUCUCUUGCUUCGCCUGCUCAUUAGUUCUGCCUGAGUGCAGGACCUCUCCAAAAAAAAUGCAGCGUUGGCAGUGGGCAUGAAUUCUUAACAACUCCUGUCUCUGAAGACAGAAACCGGGGCCAGGCAGCCGGUUUGCUUGCUUGAGAGCAGGAGAGACAGACUAGACCGGAGCUCGCUGCCGCUUUCUCUCGUCAUGGGGAUGAGUUUGCAAAUCACAGGAGGACCUGCAAAAUAUGCUCAGGUGUUGGCCUGCCUUUCGUGCUUGGGAUGACAGACACCUCUUGGUCGGUGUAAGGCAUUGAAUUUGUUUUUUAAAGCUCACUCUGGCAUCUCUUUGCUGUUCUACCCAAGAGAUCAAGAACAGAUUUUGACUUUUUGAGCCAAAGCUGGAAAUUCUGAGCCUGACUUGCCCGGUGCCAUGUUGUUCUCUCCAACUUAAUGCACAGGGAAGACGUUAAAUUGCUAAAAAAAUCCCAAACAAAACACCACAGCGAUCAAAGAAAAAAAUGCCAGAGUUUCCAUUGUACCAAAUACGAGAAGGGCUAUUCUUAGCAUUGGACUCUAUGGUCCUUAGAGAUCCCUUCCAACUUGAGAUAUUCUAUGGUUCUCUCCUAAUGCGAGGCUUAAAACUUAGUAAUAUUUUUGUUGUCUUUCUAUUCUGUCAAAGAUUCUUUGACUUUUUGCAAAUGCAGUUUUUAACAUAAUCUAGCUUUUCCUUUCAUAGACUCUUCGUAUUUUGUUUAAAAAAGAAGGAUGUCUUGGCAAGUUAGAAUAGGUAGGAAGGGAAAGGAAGGUGAAUCUUGCCUGGGUGCCAUUCAUUCUGUUUUCUUUUAAUGGCAAGGGUAAGAAAGAAGAAAAAAUGCAUUCAAAAUCUUGGCACUUCUUCGAUUUUUGACUCUUAAAAGCCAAACCAGAGAAAAUGACAAUUUUUUGUGGUGGUAGUAGAAUCCUGAAUUUUCAUUUUACUGGAUUCCUGCUGAAAUAUCAUUUUGCGAAAUUGUUUUGUUUCUGAUGAAAUCACAGUAUGCACUGAGAACGUUUCCAGCUGAUUCUGGGCUGUCUGCUCCCUCUUAGAGCUCUGGUUAUUUCUCCAUAUUUGUCCUUUCCACCUCCAUCCUUGCUGAUGCCUUUCUUCUACUCCUGUUCCACUAAAAUUGCCACCACCAAGACAGUUAAAAUGGCCACGAGGCACCUGCAUGGAUUACUUGGGGUUGAGAUCUUUGUGAUUCCCAGAUCUAUUGUCUUGGGCUGACCUGGGUGCCUCCAGUUCACACAAUGUAUGUUGUGGACAAGUUUUCUUUAUUCAGCUCAGGGUACGUUCCUCCACUUCUUAUAUAUGAAAAGGCAGAUUUUGGUGCUGGGAUAUGCCACGUGGCCCAUGGAGGUCAGUCAGGUAGGUUGGAUCUCUGCAUGUGUUGACUGGAGAGUCAUUCUGGCUUUGCAAGAUCUGAAGUUCAGCUUCCUUGCCAGCUUUCUGUUCCUCCAGAGCUCACAUCACUUAAAUAAAUAAAAAUGGUAGGAAACCAUGUGGGGAAUCUUCAGAACCACAAACUGAUCUUUCAUCUGGAGGAAAGAGAAAGCUGGAAGGUGUCAUGGCCAUGGGGGUACACUUUGGAUUUUGCUUUUUAUCUCAGUCCGUUCUGUGUCUGUAUCCCCAGGGAAAUGAGCCUAGUUCUGAUAGACAAGAGUGUGCUCAAACACCAGCGUUCUGCACCUCUGGUGGUGGUCUUGGCAGAAUAGUCUGAAAAUCAAAUAGUCUCUGGAGUCUGGAGCCUGUGACAUGACCUUGGAGACAUGGGCUGCCCAUCCCUGGACCAGAAUGUGCCACCCAAACGUGUGGGGUAUGGCUGGAGCUCCCCGUGGGGCUUCCAGAGCUUCCUCAGCCCAUAAAACUUGUGGCUUUUUAGGCACCGGCUGAAGUUCACUUAGACCAACUCCACUCUGCACCUCAUAUGUGUCAAGCUGCCCUGUCCAUUGAGAAGCAAAGAGGACACUUGGUGGGAGGAGAACAAGAAGACAGAAAGGCUUAGACAAGACACUCAGCCGCAGGACUGAAAAGUUUCAGAUCGUAUUGGAGGUGGCUAGGGACUGGCAAAGGUGCAGUGCAGCCCUGACACGAGCCACAGCUCCAACAGCUCCAACUCUGGGGCGAAAUGUCCAAAAAUCUGUUUGUAACGAGGUUUUUGGGGCUCACUGCUCCACGUCGCGCUGACAGGGCAGUUCCCUCCUUGUCUGUGUUCUCCCAGCCCCACGAGAAGGAAUGUUGAUUCCACAUUCCACUUGUUCUCGAGGGCGGCUUUUGAAAUCCUGUUGUAAUUAUUCACGAGCUGUGAUUGGAGCCCACGCUCAGAAACGCUGAUUUGCAUCCAAGGAGGAUCUGAUUAUAAUUGUCGUAGGGAAGUUUGUUUGAGACGGAUUCUGUGUCAGCUUGAAAUUUUUCUUGAUGAUGCUCUUUGGGCAGGAGAACUGUGCAGGCAUGAGGGCCAGAGAAGGGUAACGAAAGGGACUCUGGGGGUGUUGAGUUUGGGUGUGGAAAUUGCUUUUUCUUUAGAGAAGAUGAAUAUGGUAGAACUGCUUAGCUGGAGAAAGAGCAGAGCUGUAGAAACUAGAUUAGCUGACUGAUCUUCAGGGCACCGCUGUCUUCUCCACCCUAAAGACUUAGGAAAGGUGCAUGUUUUGUUCAGGAUGGCUGAUUUAAAUCACCCAUUUUAAUCAUGAUUUAAAUCAACAAGCAGGAAAUCUUGAUUUAAAAAACAUGUUUUAAUCUUGUAUUUCAAAGUUCAUUUCCUAAUGAAACAUAGUUUCUCAUUGGCUGGCAUAAUUUGGUCCUAUUUUUGGCAAAGCAAAAGGGGACGCGACACCCAUGCAUAUUUAUUGGUGCAACUGUACGGCUUAACAUAUAUCUAUUCUGAUUUGGAACUUUUACGUCUUUUUAUUACAUUGGAGAAAUGGAAAACAUGUAAUUUCUGAUUUAUUAGACACGGCUUCUUUUUUUACACUUGUCUUGAGCUAUACAAGGACAAAGAAUUAAAAUGCAAUUAAAAAUGCAUGAAGAAAGCAUUUGGAAAUUUUGUUGUGGGUAUCGCAGAGCAGAGGGCUGGAACGAGCCUCUGCAGAUAAUCUACUCCGUAUGUUGGUGUUGAAGCAAGAUCAAUUACACCUUUCCCCUCCGCACAGGUGUUUGUUUAACCUUUCUGUAGAUGUCUCCAGUGAAAAAUCCUGCAACUUCCCUGGUAUCUGUUCUAGUGAGAAAGUUGUUUUUAAUGUCUAAGCUUAAGCUUUCUUUGCUCCAAGUUAAAUUAUUUCUUCUUCUUCUGCCACUGCAAACACAGAGAACAAUCGACUGCUGUCUUAAUAACCUGCUAGCUACUGGAAGAUUGUUAUGCCUCUGUGCCUUAGCCUUAGUCUUCUCUUUUUCUUUCUUUUUUUUUUUCCUUAGACUGGAUGAACCUAGUUCAUUUAACCUUUCUUUGCCAGUUCUUCUUCCUAGAACUGUGACGGUUUUAUUUCUUCUCCUUCGGACUGCCUCCUGCUUUUUCAUCUCGUUCUGCAUCUGCACUGAAAUGACUUUGUGGAUGCUUCAAAAGGAGGAAUUGCUUGCCUGCGAUGUGUAAGCAAGCUGCGGAACUCAUUGCCACGGGAUCCUGUGGAUGCUAAAGAUUAAAUGGCUUUGGAAAGUGUUUAAACAAAGGAAUGAAAGGUGUUCCUGAGCUGUGCGUUGCUGGAAGGCCUUGUGAGAUUGGGAUAAGCAAAACACAGAGGGAGGAGGAAAAAAACGCUGCUGCUUGGUCACUUGAUUUCAUUGCUGGUUUUGGGGUCCCACUAGCCCUGUUGGGGUCACGCUCCUGCUGGUGCUCUGCUCUGUGCCUGUGCUGUGAUGUACCGGGAGCCGGUCCUACUGCCCUGUUUCGGAGAAGCGCUGGGAUGUGCCUAUGUCUUCCUCCCACAGCUCCUCUUUUCACAGCCUUUCCUGCCCCUGCCCUCCAACUGGCUCUGAAAUCAGGAGCCAGCUUUGGCUUGAGUGCCCUGCAAGGCAGAGCCUCGGAGAAGCUGGGUGGCAGCAGGAGGUGUAUGGGUUUGCUGGGAUUUAUGUGUUAACCAGAGGCUGCUGGAGGAAUGUUCUACUCUUUCCUCUGGCAAAAAGGAGCAUGGCGGGGGGAGUGGUGACUUUGCCGGAGCACGACGGUGGUUAAUGCUAUCCCAGCCAGGCUGUGCUAGCGCUGUAAACAGCCAUCGGGAAGCAAAACCUCUCUUUUCCUCAAAAUGUACUGGAUUCGACAGCUCUCUUUUUAUCUGUUCAGAAAGUGCUGAAGUGUUUCUAGGCGCUCUUCAAAAGCAAUUCUGCACUGCCUAGAGGGGGCUGUAAUUCACGUGGGGAGCCAGGAGAAAAUGAUGCUGCUCAUCUCGGCACAAGUGUGUAAACCACUUAACUUCUGGCUUCAGCUCCUGUGAGAGAUUUAAAUGUAAGGAUGGGAGUGUGGGACUUACAAAAGGACUCUGUGGGUCACCAGCAGGGUGAGGGUACACUGGGAAACCAUUACUUCUGGAAAGGCAAGGUUUGAGGAGAGCACUGCUUAGUCCUGUAGUAUCUUCAAGGAUGUUCAAAAAGGUAAUUGCUGUCUCUGUCUUAUCUAUUUGCUGAGACCUCAUGAUAUCAUGUGAUUUUCAUGAGAAUGCCCUGUUGUUGAAGAACUUCAGAGAGCAGUCUAUUUCUAUCUAUCUGUUAUUUGGCUUCCAAAUCUCUUUUUCCUUUUCAGUUCACCUUGUGGAACGGAGAACUCUUUAGGAAGACCCUGCCUGGGUUUAACUCUGCUGAGGCCACUGGAGCACAGCAUGGACAGGAUCAGGCCUUCCUUGCUUGGGGAGAAUAAAACGUCAGCUACUGAAUGGCCUGUCAGAGACCCAAGCAUGGACCAACUGCUCUGUCGUCUCUGCGCGUGGGUACCCGCAUACACGUAGCCAUGAGCCUGGGGAAUAUUUGAUGGGAAAGCCUUUUUUCUUGUGGGAUGUGUCUGUGAGCCUUCUCUACCAGGGAACAGCAGCCUCACACCUCUUGGCUACCCCAGUGGACCAAAAUGACUCAGGCACAGGACUGGUGCUCUACACUUGAUGCAUUGUCUUCCUACAGACGCAGAACAAACUCUUCUCCUCCUUUCUGGCCUGGAUUGCAAUGAUGGAUUAAGUAGUUUGUAGGGCCCCUUCCGUGGAAGACGCUAGACUGGCACUUGUGGAGUAUCUGCCUUUGCUUCAGGAGGUGGAAGAAGGUUGGAUGCUGUGGCCUCUGACUCUGACUGGCUCAUCUUUAGUGCCUAGUUGAGAUGUUGCAAGGUAUCUUGGAGGUCUUGUUUCUUCUGCUUUAUGACAGCCGAGUAACAGGAGUCUUGCUGGGAACAGCACAUUUGAAGUUAAUCUGUGCAGCAGUCGGACAAGUUUGCUUGUGUGUAGAAGUUUGUGCUGGUGACAGGCAUUCUCCAACCAGGAUCUCUGAACUGAGCAAUGACAAGCUGCCUUGUUUUCACCCACGAAGAACACAGCUUGGAUGGAGCUGUGGUGUCUCCUUCAGGAAGGAGAUGGUGGCUGGAAGGAGAUGGAGAUGAGAAGAGGGAGAGAGAAAGCUCAGGCGUUGCAUCAUCCUCACCUCUGCUCCCUGCUGUGGAUGAAGAACAGACACUUGGUAGCGGCAAGUGCUGCUGCGUCUGGAAAUACAGCAAGAAGCGGGCUGGAUGGGGAGACCACCUACCCAUCCACAAACCGGUGAGCUGCUGGGGACAGGGUAGGAACAUCCUCCUCAGUGGACCUUGGUGACCAAAUACUUCAAUUUCUCUUCCAUCUCCAGGAGGCCACAGUUGGAUAGAAAUUAUAUCUGAGUUCCUUAGGGCAAUCUGGGACCUGGAAGGUGCUUUCUAAUCUUUUCAUCUGGAUUUUUCUCCUAUUUGAGAUGAAGUGUUUCCUUCCUGAUGGUUUGAGCUCCCCCUCAUUUGGGUCUUUGUGCUGCCAAGUCUGGUCAGUGUGGCUUAGUCUCUGUCUGGAUCUUACCAGAAAGGUUGUCUGUAUUAAAGAAAGGCUCAAGUUUGGAGUGUCAGUAGUGAUCAAGGAAUGAACCAGGACUCCAGUGCCCCCCCUCACACCUCCGUUGGAUUAAUUUCCUCCUUUAGAAUUGGGAUGUAGUUUAGGGAAGGGGGUUACUCCAGUGGCAGGAGAGGUUUGGACCACCAUAGCCUGCUCUUUACACACCAGCCUGCUCGGUGACCCCUCAAUGACACCACGCUGGUCCAUCAUGUUGGGUCUAAAUGGCAAAGUUCAGGCCUGGAGGAUGAGUAGGUCUUGUAUGCUCUUGAAACUCUGACAAAGGCAAGAGAGCCAUAUCAGGAGGAAGACAUGGUGGGCCUGUUCCCAGCCUUCUGCUUUUCCCAUUAAAUAUGUUUAGCUCCAGACCCUCCCUGCCACAACCUCCCUCUGUAGUUGUCUGGGCUGGGGACAACACGGGAGACACGGUGGCAGCCCCAGCCAACAUCGCUGGUAAAGAAAUUCAGGAAGAUGAUGAAAGACAAGAUGGUGGGGAAGCUCUCAGUGCUCUUUGUUGCUAUAGAUCUCCUUGCGGUCCCCUGAACCUGACAUUCCUCACUGUUUCUGUGUCCUUAUAGAAUCAUUUUGUUUGGAAAAGACCCUCAAGAUCAUCAAGUCCAAAUGAUAACCCAACCCUGGCACUAACCCAUGUCCCUAAGAAUGUCAUGUCUGUCUUUUAAACCCCUCCAGGGAUGGUGACUCCACCACUGCCCUGGGCAGCCUGUUCCAAUGUCUGACAACCAUUUCUGGGAAGAAAUUGUUCCUAAUGUUCAAUGUAAACCUCCCCUGCUGCAACUUGAGGCUGUUUACUCUGAUCCUUUCCCUUGUUACUUGAGAGAAGAGACCAACACAUGUUAUUGCAACACACACUUAUGUCUUGGGACAGCAACUGAUGGAUGCAAUGGGCAGGAAGGGGCUCUGAUGAUCCUGACCACUCUUUGUCCCCCGAGGACUGACCCAGUGAGCUCUUUCCCUGUGGCUUCCACCAGCUCAAGCUGGUGUCACUGUCACUCCGUUGUCUUGAGAGGAAAAAAUCCCUUCGUUGUGUACAAGCUGGGACCUGUGUUGUGCCAGCUGAUUGCAAUCUGCUGCCUCCAGCCCCUCGGAGCCCCCCUGCCUCUCACUUGCCCAGCUCAGAUUCGGCAUUUGCUGUCAGGUACCUGCUUUCUGCGUGCAGGGUGUGGAAAGCGUCAGCCCGGCAUUUCCUGCUCGGCUCCUCGGGACAAAGCAGGUCGUGACUUCUGCGUUUUAUCAUUAAAAAGAUAAUUUCCUCUGGAUGUGUGCAAUAAGACAAUGGCACUGACCUGCGAUCCUGGCGUUGUGCAGUGUUAAUGAUUUCCCUUUGCAGGUAAUAAGCAGCAAAUGUACACAUUUUGGGGAGAUCUGAUUUUUUUUUCCUUUUAAGACUGCUGUCUUCCUAGGCCAGACUUAAUUAGCCAACCUCAUUAUUUCCUCAAAUGUAACUUGACUUCCAUUGAAUGAGAAUUGUUCAGUGGAUGGGGAGCAGCAGAGCGGUGCUGCAAUAUUCAUAUUGUUUUAAUUGCAACAUUAACAUUUCAUGCCGAUCUUGGCACACUCUCAGGUGCGGCCCUUUAGCUCAAUGCAAUGCUGUGAAAGAUUGGAUCAGAACAAUUAGGGUAGAGUGGCUGGAUUUCUGGAUUUUCUUUUUCUUCUUUUUUUUUAAUGAACGCAAGCCUGGAUUCAAUCCCCAUCACUCCUUUUGUUGAGCGGAACAGGGAGUCAAGCACCCUGAAGUGUCAAUCCUCUUUUUGGAAUAAAGAAUGUGCUGUAGUGCAUGCUUAAAUUCUCUUUUUGCAGAGCUGAAGCCCUCAAGUGAUACGUAAUCCCCCGGGCUGAUGGCACCUACUGGGACUUGACCUUUACUGGAUGAACCAGAGAAGCCCCAAAAUGUGUCUGCCCAGCUGGGCCAUGGUCACAUACAGGCUGGAGGGAAAAAGGCCGUUUCCCAUUUCUCCAUUAUUUUCAGGGAUGCUGAGGAUGGAAGUGGCACUGUGAACAGAUGAUGGGGUCAGUGCAGAUCCUAAAUGAGCAUAGGGGUUGCCUCACUCUGUCUUCAAAUUGCAUUUAGGGUUGGCUCUCUUGCAGAGGGGUAAGACAAGAGUCAACUGCUGGGCUCAGCCUUAGCAAGCUCUGCUCACCUUUGCUGCCUUGCCAUGUACUAUACGCUUUCUGCUAAUUGUUCCUGUACUGGAGAGCAGUGAUGAGUGACGGGAGUUCCCGGCAAGAGUGACUCCAAGUUCCACCCCAGAACAGCCUAAUGAGAGUCUGCUAAUUGGGUCACUGAAAGGGGGUGAGCAAGAACGGCCAGCCAGCAGCUGGAGUAAAUGGCUUCUUGGUGUUGCACUCCAAAGGCUGUAUUGUCCCUGCAUGAUGUGCGAACUCUUUGAGUUUAAAGGACAAUAAGGAGCUGCUGUGUCCCCUUCAGGAGGAACAGGAAGGGUUGCUGGGCCUCCCUCUUGCCAGGACAAGGCUGAGCUUUGCAGCCAUAUUGCUGCUUACCAGCUCCUGGCAUUGGCUCGGGGAGUGGGUCUGGGCUGCAACAAGGGACAGGCUCCCUGUCGCUUACAGUAAGUGCCACUACUCAGUCAGUGUGCUUAUGGGUGCCUUGAUGUGUAAGAGAUACUGCCCUGAGCUCCCUGGCUGGCUGCUCAGACUCUGGGCUGAUGUCCUGCCAUUUGCUGGCAGCAGCUCAUGCGUGAAACAUCUUUCUGGAAGGUGAAAUCCCUGUCUGUGUGGUGGAGAGGCUGGGAAGGCAAGAGACCUGCCCUGCCCAUCAGUGUUCCCCCUUGGAACUGGGCAUGUCUCUUCUGUUCAAGUCCAUUGGACUUGGCAGUGUUGGGUUAACUCUUGGACUGGAUGAUCUUAAAGGUCUCUUUCCCAAUCAAAAUGAUUCUGUGAUAUCAGGGAGCAUCUGAACUCGUCCACACAGCUGCGAUGACGAUUCUGGCUGGAAAUGCAGUAGGACCUUGGUAAAGGAAGAGUGCACAGCCUGUUUCCAGAGGCUUUCCACAGGCUAACGUGCUGUCUUAGCUGGCUGACUCUCCUAUCAGCCAAGCAGGCUUGAAACCUUCUCCCAUUAGUUCUGUGUGUAGUAGGAUCCACGGAGCCUCAUGUCCUGUGAGUAUGUAGCUUGGGUUUGGAUUCUCUGGUACUCAGUGAGCUGCUUGUUCUGAAUGGAGUAUCUCCCCUUCCCAGGGUAUUUAUAACAUCUCUCUUUCUCCCACGCAGAUUGCUUGGUGUCUAAUAAGGGAUGAUACACUACGGUUUGGAAGGUACUAAUAAUGUCUCUCCUCUGUUUGACAGUCUGUUCCCAUUAAAUUUAUAGACUCUGACUGUCUCUGAGACCUCUGUCUCCCUGUCAGAUCAGGUUGAAAUCUGUUUGCAGUGUCAGAAGUUGCUGGGGAGUGGGCAGAGGACAAGAUUGAUGCAGCAGGAUUUGCAUAUGCUUUGCACAUCUUAGGAAAUUAGUCUGAAAAUGUGCAGAUCUGGGGCGGGCGGAGGGGGGGCAGCUGUGUCUCAGAUCACCAAAUUGUGAGUUUGGGAAAGCAAGCUGGUUGUGUGGGAGGAAGGUGAUGAGCUCAGAGACUACCCAGGAGAAGAACUGCCGUGCCCAUCUUGCGCAGGCUGGUGCUGGGGGCUCUUCGGGCACGUUCGAGCUGCCUGAGGUGACAAGCAGAGUGCAGAGCCUGGUCUCUUGUGGAAAACAGCCCCUGAGGACAAUAAAUGAGCAAGCCCAGAGCUCCUGGCUGGUGUGAAGAAUAGCCUGGCUAAAGGGUAAUGAAUGCCACAGCAGGAGACAGAGCAUUUCUCUGAGGCCAUUCAUCCCCUUUAUCACCCUGCUAACAAGCCCCAGAGCGACUUCAGAGAGACUUCUCUGGAGCAGCACUAUCCCUCAGCCCUGCUGAUGGCUGGGUGCUGGGGGUCAGGAACACAUCGUGUGGCAAGAGCGCUCAGCGGGAAACCACAUUCCACCCCCCCAAAUAACUGCCCCAAGUUGGGGUGCCAGCAGGAGGGACUGCGCAGCAGCUCUGGCUUUGCCAGCGUGGGGACCAUGCCCUCCUUUGGGACACGUGUGGUGCCACCUGAGAGAUCUGGGUGUGAAAGCCAAGCAUCCAAUCUUUUUUUAAUGUUCUUUUGGGCAGUGAGGGCCCUGCAGCACCUUUAGGAGGAUUGCUCCAUCCUAACUCCCAGCUUGUCUAAGAUUUAAGAUUUAUAAGAUUUAUACAAGACCCAACAGGAGUUUGGGGCCGCCGGCACGGAGGUGAGUUGGUUCUGCUUCACUUGCAGCACAGCUGAGUCUGUACAUGAGUCUUGCACGAGGAGGAGAGGGCAGGAGUGAUGUGCUCUUCCUAAGAGCUAAUAAAAGCUAAUUCAUCCCUUUGCUCCAAGACAGGAGGAAGCAUUAGCAGCUGGCUGAGUGCCUCCUCCGCUGCGGCAGCGUGCUGGGUGCUGCUGCCUUCCCCCCGGCUGGGAGCAAAGCUCGUCCUCCCAUGGACAGGAAGGCGUCUCUGUCAGCAAGAGCUGUGCCAUCUGCGUCAACAGGCAGCCCGUGGUGCUGUCUGUAGCUGGCAUCCCUCCUGGGAAGGAAAACAGUCAGAUAACCCAGACAGGUGUCCAGUAAUUUUAAAAGGGAGCUUACAGAGCAGAUUGGGAAACUUCCCAUCUUGAGGCUUCAGAGUCAAGUUCAAAGCCAGCCAGAGGAGCCAAGGCCACCACCUUGCCAUGAAAUGCCGAGUUGAAGGGAAACACAAUACAUCACCUUCCUCAUGGGCUGCCAUUCAGGCAAGAGUAACAGAGAUUAGCCUUCAAUCACACAGGGGCUGGAGCUGAAGGAAACCUUCCCGAGGACACGCUGGAGAAACAUUUUCAUUAGCGGAGGAGAACCUGACAGAGAUGAAGUGCCCCUUCACCUCGACUGCCGGACUUCUCCCCUGCCUGGCGCUAACAGGACGAGGAGCUGCCGCCAGCUGCAAUGCUUUAAGUGCUGUCUGCAUCCAGAUGUUUUUUUUAGCUCUCUGAAGACCACUCUCUCUUUGGGUCUGCCUGCGAUACUGCAUUAACCUCGCAUCUCAGUGGUGAAGAAAUGAAGAGGAUGCAACAGAGAUCAAAAUUAAAUCCCGCUUGGAGUUGCCCAGGAGGGUGGAUAACUGCAAGGAAUGAUUUUACCCCAUGGCUCUGGAAAAGGAAGAUCUACUUGCUUUGUAACCUGGUGAGGAGGUACUGGCUCUGCUUGGUGCAGAGGCUGGAAGCCAGGGGAGAUUUUGGGUUACAAAGAGGGUUAAGCAGAGCUUGCUGCCCUCUCCUCUCCUUUCAUGUAUCACUGUCAACUCAGAUUUCACAUCAAGAGGUUGAUGUUCUGGCUGGUGGUGACAACAGCAGAAUGUCACUGGCAGAGGUGAAAUCUUUCCCUCCGUGAGGGCAGAUCUUCCUUUUCCUUCCCUUUGGUUUACAUUGAGAACUGCUGGCUCCUGAUGCCAAGCGGAACACGCACACGUGCUGCCCGAAGGAUGGUGUAUACUGUGCUGAGCAUCACUUUUCUUGCUCUGUCGGUGAGCAGCUUUGUGUCACUGAUGCCUCUUUGCUGUGUGGUGACCUGGGGCAGUGGGUGAACCCUUGUCACUGUCUCAGACAAAUAGGGGCCAUUGGGAGCAUUGCACUCAGUGGUCCUUUGCCAUGCUGGCACCCUCCUCCCAGCAGGUCUACCCAGAGAUGUCCCUUCAGAGCCUCGGGGGCCAUAUGUGCUCUUCAGGGGCCAAGCCUGAGAUAAGUUAUGGUCUGAGAGGCAGAAAAACGUGUGUCGGUGGUUAAUGUUCUCUGCAGGCUGUCUCUCACCUCCUCGGAAUGGGAGCUAAUCUUGCAGAAGAGUGUGCCCACACCGCUCUGGCAGCCCCUCUGCCAGCCUUCUGUCCUGGAGGGCCAGUUCAGCAAAGCCUUAGUGUUGUCCUGGGUCCAGCUUUUGUUUUCCAGCUGGUUACGGAGGAGAGAACGAAGGCAGCUGCUGCUGCCAGGCCAUACUAGAAAACAAGAGACAGGGGACGGGCCUCUGUGCACUUAAAAGAUCCAAGAGUUUAAUCUGAUUCUGGUUCUCUGUUAGCCUUGAUCCUGUCUUGCAUCUUUUCCAGCUGGUGCCUGAGCCUGUCUUUGUUUUGCUUGUGGUUUGUUUUUUUUCUUUUUCCCUUUUUCCCCUCACCUUAUGAAAAAUGGCUUUGCCAUCUGCAUCUGUCAGGAGUCCGCUGAGCUGGGUGAACGGCUCAGUGAAUAUACAAAUGUGCGGUUGGAUCUUGGCCUCCUCUGACAGGCCGGAGAUGAAUACCAAACGUGCAGGGAGAAGAGCGUGUUCCCUUCCUCCGCUGCUGCUGCCUCUGAUGGUUGUUUUUCGUGUCCCAAGGAGGUGUGAGAAUCGCCUUUGGGAGCAGCGCUUCCUUCUGCUCCUGUUCCGCCUUGCUAAGGAUCAGUUCUCUGCCAUCCAUCAUAAGGCAAGUCCUCUCUUCGCUCCCACAAGCUGAUGGGAGCAGUGGGGAGGGGGUAACCAUUGUACCGUGCUUUUUGCUACCAACCUUUUCCCUCUCCCUUUUGUAUCUGACCUCCCAGGCCCAUUACGAGGCAAUCGACAGGUUGAGACUCAAGGACACUUGCCUUUGCUUGCUGGUCCGGGUAAUUUUGAGGUGAUUGUUUGACCUUACCCAAGUACCUUAAAAUGUAAUUUUGAGUGGAAAUUUUCAGCAGUGUUGUGUGUGACUCCAGGUAGGAUGUGCUGACAGCACCCAAGAGCUCCUGCACGUCUCAGCCUCGCUGCAUCCCCUUUCCCUGCUGUAGGUGACCAGAGCUAUGGGGCUCUGCAGGGAGGAAUGCACCAGAUACGAGGUUCUCAGUUGCUGUAACUCUGCAGGGUCACCUGUGUACCCAGGAGGAAAUGACAACUUGCCUUGAUACCUAUGAAUUUGCUCACCCCACCUCCUCCUGCCUCUUGGUUUCCCGCAGUCUGGUACAUGAGCUGCUUCCCUUGAUGUCCUAAGAAGCUUUCAGCCAGGUGGGCUCAGAGGAGCAGGCAGGCAGAAAAUGAAAUUAAUCUUUACACGCUCUUGCCACUGCUCUCUGGUCAAGGAGGGGAAGUUCCUGGGAGGGCGAACCCCCGCUUUGGCAGAAGGAGAGAACAGGCAGCUUGAGCUGAGCUGGUUUUUUGACAAGCAGAUGGAUGUUCAGCAGGGGCCCAAGAAAACCCUCUCGCUUCAGGCUAGCUGCAAGCCCUCCAAACUGAAGCAUUGUACUGACACACAAAAAAGGCAUCUCUCCAUUCAUGCUCAGCCUGAAUUACCUCUUUCAGGCUCCUGAUUUGGGAAGCAGCGACCGUCCCCUCCUGCCACUAGCUCCCGGGAGCAGCCAGCUGUGUACUCGUAACCGGGUGAGGAUGCAGCAGGAGCCGAUGAGCAGCGAGGAGGGAGGUAGAGGAGUGAUGGCAGAUUCCUCUGGCGUCUCCUCACCGCAGGGCUCUUGGCGAGUGAGCUCUUGUCUGCUCUGAAAGCUCUUAGUGCUCCCGCAGGUGGGAGCCAACUUGUCUGCGUUCCUGCCCAGGUGCCAUCUGCUUGUUGGAUUGUCUGCACGGUGGAUGAGCACAACGGGGAUGGCGAAGGAGAGAUGAGCCUCAAACUUUUCAUUGGGUAACUUAAGGGCUUCUGGCUGCUGGUGCUCCCUCUCCCCCUGCAUCGUGGCGGGGAAAUCACAGCCUGUCAUUUGCUGUUCCUGGAGUGUGAUGGGGGACCGAGACACUGCUAAUAGCAAGCUAUCAUUUUAAUGCUAAUUUCCUACCGUUCGCUCAUGCUGGAGGAGGCUCAGCCUGGGUGGAGGGAAGACAUCAGCAGAUGGAGAAGGGGAUUGUUCUGCACUUCGAGAAGGGACUUCCAAGGGGCAGAUGAUUAACCACCACUGGGAAAACUGGUAGCAGGCACUGGGAUCAGUCUGGUGGACGUGGGAGGGAGAGGGAUGCUCUGUUCCAACUUGUCUUCCUGGAGGGAUUUCUUGAGUGCUUCAGGCUUUGGCUUGAAUUUGGUGUUUGCUGCUUGUUUCCAGCUCUCAGUUCAUGGUGACCCAGGGAAUGCUCAGAGCACUGGCAGGACUGCAGCUGGUGGCAUCCUCAUCCUUCUAACAAAGGAGCCAAACAGGGUUAAGUUUAGCUACUGUCAUUUUGUGAGGAGGACCCCAGUUCAGGAGCCUGGUUAGCCAUUCUGGGUGAUGGGCUUCAAAGUGGGGAAGUUUUGAAGCCAUUCUCAAGAUACUUAAGAGCCAAAAGUAAAGUAACUUGCCCUCUUGCUGUGGGAACAAGCUCAGCUGCCCCAAGCUGGAAACAACAGGAGAAACCAGCAGCUGCAUUUGGAGUUGUGAAGGAAACUGAGCCACCUCCCUGCCCUUUCCAGAAGUGGAAGUUUCCAAUUAGAACCUCUUAGUUUUGGUGUUUAGGUCCUGUUUGGGAUCGUGUUGGCAGCAGUCAGAGAGAUUCCUCUACCACUUCUAGACCUGCUUGGAAACCUUGAGACUGAAGGGGCUGGUUGUCUGCUAUUGAGGGGCAACAUCAUUUCAAAGCAAGGACCCAAUAGUCUCCUGGUGCUUGGUGUGACACAUCUCCUGAAGACCACCAGCCUAUGAUGACUUAGACCAUUGGGUUCAUCAUUUCAUAGGGAAGCACAGGUGGAUUUUUUAAAACCACAUAAAGACCAUUUAAAAACUCUUUUGGUGUCUAGCAGAGAGGCAGUGGAGGGACAAAAGCAGCCAUGAUGAAGGGACGAAAAACCAGCAAAGGGAUGGGAAGCCAGGAGGGGACCAUCCUGCCCGGAGGACAUUAGCACCAGGGCUCCAUUAGCAGAGCAGCAUUGCUUGCUGUGGUUACCAACUAUCUGAUCUGCUCCAGGGUGCAGAAUGACUCACUGUUUUUUAGGGAGCUAUUUCCAUCUGAAAAAAGAAAUGGUUCCUGUCUUUUCUAGAGCCUCUUCCCAGCCUUGGGUGAGGAGAGAAAGAAAAAAAAGUGAAGGGCUACUGUUUUCUAGCUGAGGAGAAUCAAACAAACUUUCUCUCAAGUAGCUGAGCAAGGAAAUCAGCACCUUACUUAUUUCCAAGAAUAAUACAAUCAAAUUGUUUGGGGGGGAUGGGAAAAAGUAAUAAAAAUAGUGUUGCUUUUCCCAGUUCAGCACUCUGAAUAAUGAGCCUACAAGCCGGAGGGAGAGCUCCCAGGAGAGACGCCUGCGUACCGGAGAUGGACACAACAAGCGUCUCAGAUGGGCCCGUAUCUGCAGCGCUCUCUCUCUAAUUUUCUACAUCAGUGAGAACACAGCGCGACACCAUCAAUCAUAGUCAACCUCUCCUCGGAAAGCCACCUCCUGCCUCACCGUGCUGCAGUGUCCCCUACUCUGGAUCUGCCCCUGCCUGGGGACUGCAGGUGUCCCGGCCAGCAGCGCCCGCAGGCACCUUCUCUCCCAGGGGGUUUCUUCUUCAUUGUUUUUCUGCCUCUCUCCUUCCUCCACCCCUUCCUCACCAGUGCUUUAUUUCCAGACUGCAUCUUGCCUUCCUGGAGUCAGAAAAGGCCAAAUACUCCUUUUACUUAGAAUGAGGAGAAGGUGUGGAGCUACCUGUCAUGGGACAACAGCCCUUGCCUGCUGCCUGGAGGAGGGGUGGCGAUGGUUUUGGUGCCUGUACUGCUCAUCUGAGAAUGGGGAGGUUGGACUUUACAGCUCCCCUGAGGCUACUCCUGCAGUAAUGGUCAUUGGGGUGUGUUCUGGGGAUUGCUGGUUCCUUCACAGCCCCAGCUCUGGGCAUGGAGGAGCUCAGGGAACCAUCUUUCCUGCUGGGCUGGUAGUGUGAUGCAGCUCUUGGUCCCUCUGUUUCUCCUUUUGUGAAGUCCUCUGCUCCUUCCAGGCCUGGCUGUCUUUCCACCAGCCCCAGGGCCACCUCUUUGGCAGGAGCACUGGUGCUGUGUGUCCUCCUGAGCAGGUCCAGGCCAGAUGCUCUCCAAAGCUGGCCGGAAGCCUGUCCUGGUGACUGUUUCUUCUACUGCAGUGUGGACACAGCUGGUGGGUUUGAUGACUCUUGCUCCUCCGUCUCAUUGGGUGCUCUUGCUUGAUUGUGGUGUCUCUUAGACCUAUCAAAGAAAGCCUGGCUGUCAUGGCACAAAAGUGAUUUCAAGUCCCGUUUCUGGUUCCAUGGGCUCAGGCACCAGCUAGAACCAAGGACUGUGCUUCUUGCUUGAACACAGCCCUAAAGAGAUACACCUUUUGAAUAAACCUGUGUGAUUGCCACCUCCCUCUCAGCCUCUUAUGCUUGUUUCUCAGAGCUGCCAAGGAUCCUUGACCUCUCUUUCAGGCAUGGUUCCCUCCAUGUAUCACCCUGCUUCAACGUUGUGGAGCUAUUGCUGGCGUCCAUAACAGCUGCUUUGUUUACUUCCCAAACGCCUGCCCUCUCUGUAACGAGCUAUAAUUCAUCCUGGUUUAUACAGUGCUCAGAGAUACCUGGAGCAAGGAUGUUGUGCCAUUAAACCACCUUCUCGGCUGCUCUCCCGGACCUGGGUUGCUGAUCUCCUGGAGAUAUAAAACAGGGAGGACAAGGGGGAUGAGACUGAAAUGGGGAAUAAUUACCUGGCAGGGUAAAAGGGGCUGUCGGGGCUGGAAACUGCUGGGAGCUGACACGCAGGUGCAGAUGAGCGGCUGUGACAGGCAGGCAGGGCGGAGGGAUGAAAAAUGUUUUUUUAAAGCAUCUGCUUCCCUCUCUUCCUCUGCUUUAUAACCUGUUUUUAUAGAGACUGCAUGAGGAACGCAUUUUUUUUAUUAGCAGCUUGGGAGUGGAGAGUAAUAAAGAUUAAUUUUUUAAAUAA